AAAUUAUCCUAUCAUCCAAGAUUAAAGAUGUUUCCGGCUUGACAACAACAACACUGGUUUUACAGCCGAACGCUCCACUGGUCAAAAUCCCCAAAUCUAAAAUCCUCACCACUGCAAGGGUUUUAGCGCCACCGCUAACUUCUCAUGCAUUUCCUCCGCCUCUGAAUUCCAUCUUCCAAAAUGGGCGGCGCCACCAGAUUCCUCAUGCUUCUCACCACUUCCACAACCCCCGCCCCACUUAUUCUCAACCGCUACUCUUCUCUCCUCCGCCUCUCCCGCCACCGCCGCCAAAUCCUCCCCUCUUUUCUCCAGCACCACAACCCCAUAAAAAUCAGAGACUCUCGCCAACUCCACAUCCAAUCCUCCGUCACCACCCCCACCGCCGCCAGUAAUCAUUUCUCAGACUCCUCCGUUCCUCGGGCGGACCGGGCCACGGAGGCCCAUUCCUGGCCGGAGUGGUCCAAUUUAAUCAAUAAUCUGUCCUUGUCUGGAUAUUUUAAUAAGCAGAUUAGAAUUAAUGAUGAAUUAAUAGAUGGAGUAAAUUUGCCUCAGGAUUUUAUUAGUGCUGUCAGUGCUUGCUUUGCAUUUGCUCUAGAAAAACCUCAUCUUCUAGGGUUGCUUCCAAGGAGAGAUAUUGAGGUAGUUGUUCAUGAAGGAAUGCCCUUUUUGUUUAAAAGUGGUGAUGAUUCAAAAAGGAGAAUGAUGGCAUACUUGGGUAUUGCUGGUAGUAAUGUGCAAAAUACUGAUAGGGCAUGCACAAUUGACUUGGUGAGGUUUUUAUUAAGCCAUGUGAGCCAUCUUGUUUCUUCUGAGAAGAACAAUCAGCCUAGUGGGGAGAUAGACUCAUCUAUUCGGCACCUUUUGGGUGAGUUAGCAAAGCUGAGCCAUACUCCACAGACAUACUUGUCUGGAUCUGUGCAAAACCAGUUACCUGAUAGAUAUGGGCAAGCACCAAGGCCUUCCGCACAAAACAUUGAAAUGAAAAGAGGUGAUUGGAUUUGCCCUAGGUGUAGUUUCAUGAACUUUGCAAGAAAUAUGAGGUGCCGUGAUUGUGAUGAAGCACGCCCAAAGAGGCAGCUUACUGGUGGGGAGUGGGAGUGUCCUCAAUGUGAUUUUUUUAAUUAUGGAAAGAACAUAGUGUGCUUGAGGUGUGACUGUAAGCGACCUGGAGAGGUCUCUUUUGGUGCUGCCAAUGCUAGCUCAGGGCUGGGAUAUGGCAAUGGGAGCAAUGCAAAUAGGGCUGAUGUGGAUAGCAGGCUGGCAGCCAAUGAAGAGAAAGCACAACGAUGGUUUAGCAAAAUUUCUCAGAUGGACAGUAAUUCGGACAUGAGUACUAUAGCAGAUGAAGAUUUUCCUGAAAUCAUGCCAUUGCGGAAAGGAGUCAACAGAUUUGUUGUCAGCACAAGGAAGACACCACUUGAAAGGAGGCUUUCCAAUGCCGAAUAUCGCAGAAACUUGGAUAGCAGUGGCAGUUCUGAAAGCACAGGUGUGAAUGUAAAACCUGAUCAAUCAAUAAACUUGAGUUUGGAUGAGAUUCUUGGCCGUAAGACAGCUACUUCCGAGACUGAUGACAAGAAUCUCAAGAUUGGACAGAAUGUGGUAUCAGGUACUUCUACUUCUAGUCCAACCUCACCACAGUAUAGUGCCCCAAGAGGCAGCAGUUAUGUUCCAUUUGUGCCCUUACCUGAAGAUAUGUUUGCCAAGAAAACUGAUAAACCACAAAUGGAUGAGGGUGAGAUGGAGCUGGAAAGCAGGUCUCUUGCUUCAAGGGCUAAUGAACAAACAGCUUCUUGGAGCAGAGAAUAUAGUAAAUCAUCAGACAGUAGGCAGGCUUCUGAGAACCUCAUGGACCCGACAUUGAUCAAUGAAAAAGAAAAAGAGCAAGCUGACAAAUCAGAGAGAUGGUUAAAGAGAGUGGCAGAGCUGCAUGAUGUUAAAGAUCUGGCUGGUGCAAUUUCAGAUGAGGACUUUCCCGAAAUCAUGCCAAUGCGGAAGGGAGAGAAUCGAUUUGUAGUCAGCAAAAGGAAAGAUCGUUCUUUGACCUCUCCAAUGUAUAAGAGACAAAUGGCCAUGGACCAAGCUAAUGAUACGAACUUCGUGCCAUUUGUUCCCUUUCCACCAAACUACUUUGCUCAAAAAAAUGAUCAGCAGUCUGGUGGAGCUAAUCCGACUAAUACUCCUACAAGUGGAAAUUCAACUCCUGCAGCACCAGUAGAAACUGAGGCAGAUGCGUCUUAUGGGGCAUUAACAAGUGGAAAUUCAGAUCAAAUUGCUGCUGAUCCCAGGCCUAAUAGUUGGAGCAAUGGACAAGAGAAUAUUAGGGGUACAUCAAAUCUUACGGGCAGUUCUACGCAAAAUUAUACUACCCUUUCAAGCGGCAAAGAUGGCAGGAACAACGAAUUUGCUGGUAAAGAGAAUGUCAAAGACGAAGCAAGCUUGAUGGGGGCUACUGCUACGUCUGAUCCAUCUAAGAGUCAAAACAUUAGAGGGGGCUGGAGCGGAAAAAGUUUGGAAGGUUCGGCAGUGAAAGAACCGGAUCCUCUGGACAUGUCUGAGGAAGCAAAGGCGGAGAGGUGGUUCAGACGUGUUGCUCAGAUCAACGACAUAUCCGAGUUAAGUCAGAUCCCUGAUGAAGAUUUCCCAUCAAUAAUGCCAAUGCGGAAAGGUGUGAAUAGAUUUGUAGUGAGCAAAAGGAAAACACCAUUGGAGAGAAGGUUGACAUCUACUCAGUACAGAAGAAAUCUUCCUACAGUGAACUCUGAUCCAAUAAAGGAAAGUGAUGAUAGCUGAUGCAUCAAUCAAAGACUAUAGUAAGCUAUUUGGAUUGGUCAUUGACAUUUAUUCCUUGCAAAUUUUGUUCCUAGUAGUUGAAACUUGAAAGAGUAAACCUAUCUAGGCACUGUGGUCAAAUUAUGUGGCAUCUGUUCGAGCUCAAUAUUCCGACAGGUCGAGCCUAUUUCGGUCGGCCCCGAUUGUAGUAUAUGCAGGAUUAUGAUGCAUUUGCUAAUGCAAGAUGCAUAUUUUAAGUAAAAUAGAAGAUGUAUAAUGGUCAUGUAUCAUUGUCAACAAUGUUCACAUAUGAAUUCUGAAAAAAAAAUCUACAAGUUCUAAUUUUUGCCUUCA